UGCGUGCGUGGAUUUAAAGGGGGAUAGACAUUCGGUUUCGAAUGAAAAUCGAGAAAAAAAGAGUAGUGCUUUCAUACGGUAGUCAAUGCAGUAGCUGAGACUCGCUAGAUUAUUUCUAUACAUGUUGAUUUUCCGUCGGACGUUUUCUUUAGGGGCGUCAUCUGUCAAACUCGUUAGCUCAGUUGAAAAGUGCUGGUAAUCGGAAACUCAACGCUAGAUAUCAAGUUCGUUUGAAUUUUUUGUCUGUGUUUUUUCACCCAUAUUCAUGGGGGCAGCAUUCGGUUCCCGCGAACACUGCACCAUCUCCGAUCCCGCCCAUCUCUAACUGCAUAGGCACCGCCUCCGUCCACUCGGGUUCUCAACUCACGAUUCAGCACGGUGAAAAAACGAAAAAAACGAAAAUGUGUAACCGUGUCGAUUGUUUGGUUUUCCUGUAGAAGAGCUCAGUAGACCAUACGGCACUUGUUCACACAACCGCAUGCAGACUUGGGAGAAGGCUGCUUGAUCGACGACUCUCUCCAGCACUUCUCAUAAUCUCAUCAGGGCUGAUGUGAAGAAGAGAAAAAGCAAAAAUGGACCGCGAGUACAUUGGAUUCGCCAGUUUGCCGGAUCAGAUUCACCGGAAAACGAUUAAAAAAGGUUUUGAAUUCACGCUGAUGGUGGCUGGAGAAUCGGGACUGGGAAAAUCUACUCUCGUCAACACACUUUUCCUGGCAGACCUCUACCAAGAUCGUGUGAUUCCUCCUGUUGAAGAACGACUGACAAAGACGACUGCCAUUCAAGUGCGGACGGCUGACAUUGAGGAAAUGGGAAUUAAAUUGAGGCUCACAAUUGUCGACACUCCUGGUUUCGGAGAUGCCCUUAACUCUGAGGAAACUUGCCAGGCGCUUUCCGACUACAUCGACGUCCAAUUCAAGAAAUAUUUUCAAGACGAGAGCGGACUCCACCGCAAAUCAAUUGUCGACAACCGUGUUCAUUGUUGCCUCUACUUUAUUCCUCCGUACGGUCGUGGAUUACGAAUGUUGGAUGUCGCAGCCAUGAGAAAGCUACACAAAAAGGUCAACUUAGUCCCCGUAAUAGGAAAAGCAGAUAGUCUCACGACAGCAGAACUCGGUCGCUUCAAAUCACAAGUUCUCCAGGAACUGAAACAAUACGAAAUUCAGAUUUACCAGUUCCCCGAGUGCGAUCCCGACGAGGACGAAGCUUUCAAGAAGCAGGACAAGGAAUUAAAGGACGCUGUCCCUUUUGCUGUCUCGGGCUCGUGUCAAAUUCUAGAGGUCAACGGUCGCAGGUUCCGAGGAAGGAUAUACCCGUGGGGCGUCGUCGAAGUGGAGAGCCCCUUGCACAGCGACCUACAAAAACUUCGAUCCAUGCUGAUAGAAACUCAUUUAGCCGAUCUCCGGGAUCAAACCCAUGAAAUCCAUUAUGAAGCCUUCCGUUCGGCAUGCAUAACCAGACUCACUCAUAAUUUGACCAUUCAACAACCUCACAGAGAACGAAGUAAGCUCAAACGAGAUUCAAUGUUGGUCGAAUUGCCGGACGACGACAACGCUGCGGAUUUGAUCCUGCAACAAAAAGAGGACGAAAUCCGAAAGAUGCAGGAUUUGUUGUCGAAAAUGCAGCAUCAACUGCAAGUCCAACAACGAUCCAGAUCAUUGGGAGAAGCUCAGUUAAAACACGAAUUUAGUUUGAUGAACAUAGACAAAUCCCAGGAAGUUCGUUUGUAAAUGAAUUGAAAUUCUGAAUAAUGUGUUGUUGGUAUAAAAUGCAAAAGUUCACAGCUCAUCCAAAGAAAAAUGCGUAAGCCCUACAUGUGUGUGUGUGUACUUCUUCUCUGGCCAGCUAAUAUUGAUUUAUACAUUAUGCACGCGUUUAUUCUGCCCGUCUUUACUUCCGUUGUCCGUUUUCCAAACAAAAUAUGAAGAUGCACGCACACAGUAUUGUUUCAAUUAUCUCCACGUCGGUCGUGUUCAACUCUGGAAUAUUUCUCACCACGUACGUCAGAACAGAUUUAGCCUACUUGUCUUUUGAUCUUCGUCGUCAUCAACUCGUGAAAUAUUAUUAUACAUGUUUGAUUGUUUGUAUAACAUGAAACGAAUAGCUACAUUUCUUUCAAACAUCUUAGACCAGCAAUAAAAAUUUAAACUAUU